AAUACCUGACAUGCCUUUGUAAUAUUUCUAUGCAGUGUACAUGUUGAUUAUUUUGUUCCCAAGGAGACGCGUGCUGAACAGUAUUCAUCUUUUAUGUUCGAGAUUGAUCGAUGAGCGAAUUCGUGACGGAUCUGAAGAGUACCGUCUAUCUAUUUACAGCAAGAACAUAAGAAUUGAACAUACCUCUACCACCACUGCGAUAUAGUCAUUCAAUACCUCGAGUUGUAACACUAACAGAAGUUACGGCACAACUGUGCGUUUGAUAAAAAAGGAUAAUAGCAAAUCUUAAUGAUGAACAUAACAGACGAAAUGAUCCAUGAGGUGUUCAUGUCGUUCGACAACGACGGAAGUGGUACGCUGAGCCGUCCGGAACUGGGUCGCGCACUCAACUUGCUGGGGAUCGACCUCACGGAGGAGGAACUCACGGACACGUAUCGGAUAGACGACGACCCUGACUCGUUGACGGAGGAGGAAUUUCGAUUGUACAUCCGGGAUAGAAUCGGCAACAUAGAUUUCAAAGAGAGAACCAAAGAAUGUUUCCAAGAGUUUAUUGAAACUGAAGACCCAGAGCGGCGGCUCAUCAGCCGGGACUCACUGAAGAUCAUUCUAACGCAGCGUGGAACCAACCCGAUAGACGACAAGCAGGCCGAUGAGUUUCUCAACGAGUUUGACACCAACGGGGACGGGAUGUACGAUAUACAAGAGAUCACGGAGAUAAUGUACGCCAUGGAAGACCAACCGCCUCUCUACUAGACACCAACAUGUUCGCAGACAGUUAAUUGUACAUAUCAACUGCCGUAUCUACGCAAUUGCGGAACCUUACUCGUAGCAUACUGGGUCGGAAGGAAGGGGGGGGGGGGCAACUCUGGAUGCUCAGUGAUCUGAUGUUUAGUUGUUAUAUUAUCACUAUCAAAAAUGCAUGUUACCAUGUGCCGAUUAGAAGCACAUGUCCUCUACAUUUUAUUGUACCAUUUAUAUACAAUAACUUAUUCAGAUGGCUGAAAUGUUUUGACAAAACACAUGUAACAGACACGUUCCGCAUAUCUUGGAGGUUUUGGAACUAAAAUAUGAAUCAUGCCUUAAUGAUACUGUGUGUGGGAAAUAGAAAAUAGACAUCUGAUAAUUAUGACGACAUUUUAGUUUUUAUAAUAUACACUGUUGGAAUUUAUGAACAAUUGUUAAUGUAACAAAGGCUUUAAUUUCUUCAAUCUAAGUUGCAAAGAGUUCCAAAAUUGCAUUCAUAGAAGUUUUAACAGCUCCAAAACUUUAUUCUGGACGUGUAGACAUUUAAGUCUCGUUCUUCAAAAACUGGGCUUAGUGCAUUUGCAGUCUGCACAUGCUUCUCAGGGACAACACUUUCUGCAUAAACUGGAGUUUUGUUAGCAGAGACUAAAAAAGGCAAAAGGCUACUCUGGGACGACAUUUCACUCACAUGUAUUAAGCCCAAUUAUCCCAGAAUGAGAGACAUUCAAAACGUUCUCCUUAGCUCAAGCCUUAAAUACGCCGCAAAAUUUACAGUGGAGCUGAACAAAACAACAACCUAGUACAUGGAUUUCAAAAACUGUAGAAAAAGUAAUUGCUUUAGUUGAUUAGGGUAGUGAGUUAUUUCGUGGAAAUUGUAAUUUACAUAUUGCACAAUAUUGUCAAAACUUCUCAACUUUAUUAGUUAUACUUCCACAAUCAGAGGUCAGGAAAUUUUAACUUCUCAUUUUUAAGCAUCAACUAAAUGUUUGACAUUUCAAAAGCUCACCAGUCUUUCUCAUUUUGAUUCAAUAAAAAGUUUUUGAACAAACCAUUGUUGUUAAUAUUGUAGCUAUUGUUCUCAUGUGAUACAAAUGUUUAUAAUAUUUAUAAUUAAAUCACAUAUUUAUACAUUUGUUUCUAUGUUGUGGAAAAUAAAGUCUUUAAUCUCAA